GCUGCCCUCCGCUUAUAGUCAUCAUAUCGCCACAUAUGUUUUUGAUUUAUAAGCGAAAUUUUCAUCUUUUAAAAUUUUGAUAAUUUAACCCAGAAUCAACCUCAUGUUUCAUAACUUCAACCACCAUUCAUAAGUCACUUCUUCCUGUUUGCAGUAUUUACUGUACUACUGCAGUCGCAUGCUUGUUCCUAAGAACACCAAACAGCAAACAUAGUGAACGCUAUCUGUGUCAGUCAGCUGAUCUCGAUAUCUGCUAUGGAGGGACAAAGUAUGAACUUGAAACUUACAAAACUAAGUGUUGACAUUGGUCAGGCAACAGGAGAUGAAAUAAUCUUUGCUAUUGUUGAUUCUGUCAAGGAAGGUGAUAUAGAAGUCUACUUUGUUGAGAAACAUACAGGAUGGAAAACCAAGGCCAAAAUUGAGGAAAAUGGAGUACUUAGCAACAAUAUCAUGUUUUAUACCCCGUCUUACGUGAAUGAAAACAUUACAUCCAAUGUAAAAGUUGCUGUACAGCUACGACGGCCAUCUGACGGUGUCUGGAGUAAUGCCCUUCCGUUUACGUUUGUCCCAUCAUUAACUAACAAAGACAUACCACUUGAGAAACAAAUGGAUAUGCAUUCCAACCUGAAAGCCAUUCAUUUCACUGAGUCAGCAGAUGCAGUCGGUCAAGAUGGUCUUGGAGGACCCAGCAAACCUGCCAUUCAAAAUCCAUCAAAGAAGUGUCAAAAACUUUAUACGGUCAUGGAACAUCAGAAGACAAUCGAUCAUGAAACUUGUAUAAGCUCUGGUGAAUUUUACAAACAAGUGAAAUCAUCCCAACUCAAGCCAAGCAAAGAUAAUUUACCCGUCACCGACAUUCGGCGUAAGUACCUCUCCACACAACAUCACAAAAAGUUUUCUGUAUCAGAGGACAGUGGUUUUGGAAGCAUUAUUACAUCCAGUAAUGAAGAACAGCUAUUAAUUGAAGAUGUCUAUAAAGCAUCAAGGACUCAGGAGUUUGUACCAAAUUUAGACAGUCAGCAAUCAACCAAAAGUGUAGAUGAUGCUUCUGAAAACUGUACUGAAGUUGAAGUAGAUUGCCUUUCAUUUCGAAGCGAAAUUAUUUCUUCCAUACCUAAUCUAAAUCGUAUUUCAAAGCAUAAUCUCAUUGAAUCUUCUCUUGAAUCGACUUCAAGUGGUUACCACACAGCAACCUCAACACUUACAAGCCCCGAAGACAGUGAAAGUGGUGGAAUCACUUAUUUCAAUAUCCACUCCCCAACAUUAGAUACCAAUGUAGAAAUAAUUCCAUGCAUUGAGGUAGACUGUUCCGGUGCAUGCCUUAAACCUCCAGGUACUGCUGAGCCAUUAAACAUUCCUUCAUAUGACGUUCCUGAAGGGAAAGUCUCAAAGACUCAGGACGUUGUACCAGAAUUAGACAGUCAGCAAUCAACCGAAAGUGUAGUUGAUGAUGCUUCCGAAAAGUAUACUGAUGUUGAAGUAGAUUGCCUUGCAUUUCAAAGUGAAACUAUUUCUUCAAUACCUAAUCCACAUUGCAUUUCAAAGACAAACGUCAUUGAAACUUCUGUAUUUAAAUCGACUUCAACCUCAAUACUUACAAGCCCUGAAGACAUAAGAAGUGGUGGAAUCAUUGCUUGCAAUAUCCACUCCCCUCCAUUAGAAACCAAUACCGAAAUAAUUCCAGGCAUUGAGGUAGAUUGUUCUGGUGCAUGCCUUAAACUUCCAGGUACUGGUGUGCAAUUAAUCAUUCCUCCAUAUGCGAUUCCGAAAGGAAGUAAUGCCAAGAUCGGACUGGCUUUGGACCGGAAUUACUUAAAUAUUCCUGGUGAAUAUAAGGAUGAAGGCUGCAUAGCUCCAAUCAUAACAUGCCUUCCUAAUCACUAUAAAUUUCAGAAGCCUGUAUUAAUUGUGUUUCCACACUCAGUUAAGGAAGUGAUUGAUGAGAAGGAGUGCAUUAAUCUGUAUACAAAUGAAAAUGAUCCUGAUCAGAAGAAACACUGGAAGCAAGUUAAAUAUAAUCAGAAAGGUGACACAUCUUCCCCAGUCCUCUUUCUCAAAAAUCAGUAUGCCUACUUGUUUGUAGGUCAUUUCACCGACUACAUUAUCACCCUACCAUCAGGGGAAGAAUGCAGUGCUAGAUAUUUAAGAAUCGUAGUUUAUGCAAAUGAGCUUAUAGAUUGUGAGACAAAUCAGGAAGUUCGUAUUUACUGUCAUGGUGAGCGUCAUGAUCUGGAGCAGAGAGUUGAAAAGGAAGAGAAGGCCCUUGCUGGGAUUCAGAUGGCAGUUGAGCUCCAAUUUGAGCUUUUUAAGAAACCAGAAGUAGUCUUGAAAGUUAGUAUAGAGUUUGAAACAGGCUGGCACAUGAAGACACGCAAAAAAGAACAGUUUUUAAAAAACUUAUGGAGGAAGGAUUAUGGGAGCUGCAAAUAUACUUUUAAAAACAUUGGACAAAUGCGCAGCUUCUAUUGCAAUAUUUCUAUACAGCAAAUUGAUUGUGAAGAAGAAGUUUCAUUAGAAGUGUCAAAUACAGUCAAGCAUCCAAUAGACACGUCUAACCAGAAUGCACCUGCAGAACCUCUCAGGGGACCUCCUUCAGUUUAUAUGGUUGAAAAUGGAGGGAACCAACCUUUGAGCACUGACAGUGGCCAUACAUCUUUUUAUCGUCUGUCUGGCUCAUAUUUAGUAGAAAGAUACCAUGGUGGAUCUUCUUACUCCAGUGAUUUCCAUUCUCACUCUUCCAAUCUUCCCCCAAAUACCCAAAAUGAUAAUUAUGUGAUGCCAAGACAAAUGUCUUGUCCACAUGACUCUCAAGGAAAUAUGCUUCAAAAUGUAAAUUUACCUGACAUGUCAUUACCAAAACUGCCCCAUAAACUUCGGAUGGAACUUUGCUGUAAGCUAGAUACUGAUCAUCCUCUUGGAGAUGACUGGAGAAGGUUGGCAAGUAAUCUUAAUCUAGAUAAUAUUAUUGGAAAGUUAGAUGCAAGGUCGAAGUCUCCAACAUUAGAUUUAUUAAAUGUGUGGGAGUCAAGAAAUGAAACACUGGAUAUGCUGGUGAAACGUUUCAAUGAUAUUGAUCGUUCUGAUGCUGCAAACUUAGUCAAGGAUUACAUUGACAAAACAAAGCAGAGCUCAAAUCAACAAAUUCUUGCCAUUGGUUCCCUAGAUGCGCUUCCAAGAAAUAAUAUUGCACCAACAGGUUUACCAAACCAGUCAUUAGUUAUCAAUCAAGAAAGACCAGUUGGCAGGAAUGCCUGUCCAGAGGAAUUUGAUUUAUCCAAAAUGUCUACGUCAUCUUCUUCAUCCAGCAUUGCCAUAACCCCAGAUCGAGAAUCUGAACUGCCUGCCUUCCAACGAACAUCGCCUGAAGUAUUUUAUGAUCAAAAUUGUAAUAGCAAUAUGUCCGAACUCAACAGAAGCAUUGGCGAAUUAACAGUAAACGAUGUUGCCAAUGCAAACAAUUCCAGCAAUAAGCCCUCUUAAAGUGUGUAGUUGAGGGCAUGUCAUUGUGUGUGUAUUUGUGUGUGAAGGAAUGUUUUUUUACAGGAUAAACACUGAUUAUAAGUCAUUUGCUAUUAUCAUUUAUUAUUGGGCCUUUUUGCAUUAGCAGAAAAGCCAUUUGUGUUUUCUAAAUUGU